AUGAAAAUAGAAGAACAGCUAAUCGAUGAAGUCUUUAAACGACCUGCAUUGUGGAACUUCAAACUAUCUAUAACUGAAUGCAGCCCACAAAUAAAGAAACAACUCUGGGAAGAAGUGAACAUUCCCUUCCGUGGAAGCGAUAAAAAAGAAGUGGAAGUAGCGAAACACUAUCAGUUUCGAGUGCAUUCAAAAAAGAAUCAACAACCGAGUGGAUCUGCAGCAAGUGGAAAAAAAUCAACUGUCAGUAAUAUCAAGACUCUAUCAAAAUUUGAUGAUACACAAUCAAAUUCAUUAGAAUUGAAUGUUUUUCACGAUGACAGCAAUAGCUGUAACAGUAGCAACAACAGUCAUAAUACAUCACAUAGCAAUAAACGCCACAUGACUGCAGACAAUCCCUUGGAUCGGAUUGCCAAUUCUUUGGAGAGUUCAUUGCUUUUUAAUAUGGGGCAAAUAGAGCAAAUAGAGCAAAUUUUUCAUCGUCUUUCACAAAAUAUUCCACCAACUAUAUAUGAUAAACCUGCGUCAAUGGCACAUUUGUUAAUAACUCGGAAAAAGAACUAUAUUGAUUUCUCGAGCCUUGGUAUAAUGGAAGAGGAGAAGCGCACGACUGGAGAUGAUAAAUGUUAUGUAGUGGAAUAUCUGGAGACACCUGUCAAAUUAAAGGAUGACAAAAAGGAAUAUAGAGCCAUUAGAUUACCAAACGGUUUAGAAGCUUUGCUAAUAUGCGAUUCAGAGACAUGCUCUUCUCAAGAUCAAAAUAAGAAAGAUAAGAAAAAGGCAGCAUGUGGCUUAUGUGUUGGGGUAGGAAGUUUCAGUGAUCCACCAGAAGUUCCAGCAAUAGCACAAUACUUCGAAAGCAUGCUUUUCACUGGAUUUGAUAAAUAUCCACCGAAAUAUGAUUUGGAUAAAUUUAUCUAUAAUCAUGGUGGCAUGUGUGAUUGCUUAAUCGAUUUUGAACAUACAACAUUUUUCUUUGACAUUCAAGAGGAAAACUUCUUUUCGGCUCUCGUCCGUUUUGCUAAAUUUUUUAGUGACCCUUCGCCUGAAACGCAUGAAUAUGCGCGACAGCUAAAAGCCAUAAAAAACGAAUUUCAGGUAGCGUUAUUUUGUACCAAGAAUAUACGAGAACUCCUAUUUUCUUCUUUCGCACGAACUGGACAUCCAGCCAACAAAUUUACUGGAGACGAUUUAAAACAAUUGAUCUGUAAUGUAAAUUACAAUAAAGUGUGCAAAGAGUUGUACAAAUUCAAAAAACGUCAUUACAGCGCUCACAGGAUGAAACUGGUUUUACAAUCAAGAUUACCACUGGAUACAUUAGAAAGGUAUGUCAUAACGUACUUUCGUGAUGUACCAACUAACAGGUUGCCUCCAGAUGACUUUACCAAAUUUAAAAACAUUAUUCCUUUUGAUACUCCCAUUUUCCGAAAAAUAUAUAAAGUUGAAGCUACGAAAUUUUUUAGACGAUUAGAAAUAACAUGGGCAAUGCCUUCACUACUUGUUCACAAAACUAAACCAUAUGAAUAUAUCUCACGGAUUAUUGAGCAAGAAGGAAGAGGUUCUUUAAUUAGUUAUUUACGCAAAAAAAUGUGGAUCUGUACAUUUUCUAAAUGUGCACUUUAUUGUAAGAGUCAACAUAACUCCAUGUAUAGCUUAGUACAACUUGUUGUAGAACUCUCCCAUGAAGGAUUUCAACAUAUGAACAAGAUUUUAGAUGCAAUAUUUUCCUUUAUCAAUUUACUAAAGAGAGAAGGUGCAAGGGAAAAUAUUUUCGACGAGUUUUGCGAAAUUGAAAAAAAUUCAUUUAGAUUUAUCAAUGAGAGAGAAAAUCGAGUGAAUUAUGUAAAAAAUUUGUGCAAGAGUAUGCAUUUUUAUUCGUCAUGCAAUUAUAUAGCUGGAAAUAAUUCAUUCAUUCAUUUCAAAUAUGAUCCAGAAGCUAUACAAAAGUGUUUAAAUUAUUUAGUACCAGAGACCGCAAAUUUUAUGAUUUUCGACAAGGAUUUUGAUUGUUUCGAAAUAAGUAAUGUCGAACCAUUGUUUGAAAUAAAGUACAUAGACAAUGAAAUACCAAAGAAAUGGAUCGAACAUUGGAAAAUCAUCGAGCCAUUGCCAGACUUUCAUUUAUCAUUACCAAAUAUAUUUCUUCCCAGCGAUUUCUCUUUAAUACCAAUACCAGAAAAAGUUCCAGAAUAUCCUGUAAAAUUACACAAUGACGAUAUAUCGGAAAUUUGGUAUCGUUUGAAUCCCAAGUCACGUUUGCCGAAUAGUUAUAUGAAUAUAUAUUUUAUUUCUUCUCUAGGAUUUCAAUCACCAAACAAUGCAGCUCUCAUGACACUGUACUAUAAAAUAUUAAAACUACUAUUGCUAGAAGAACUAUAUUCAGCUACACAGGCUGGAUACAACUAUAAGAUAAAUGUUAGUAAAAAAGGUAUUAUAAUAAAAAUGUCUGGAUUCAACGAAAAAUUGUCACUCUUGUUAGAAACUAUUGUAAAAUGCAUGGUGGACUGUCCAAACCGAGUAACAGAAGAUACAUUUAAAAUGAUCAAAACAGAACAACUUAGCAUCUAUUACAAUACAUUCACUAAAUCCAAGGAAUUUGCCGAGGACAUAAGAUUAUGGAUAUUGAAGCACGUCCAUUAUACACACGUUGAUAUGCACAAUGCUCUAAUUAAUAUCAAUUUUGAAGACUUACAACAGUUUGUGAAAUCUUUUACCAAUAAUCUGUACAUUCAGUGCCUUGUGGAAGGCAACAUGAUGCAAAAUGCUGUAAUCGAGACUAUAAAACAAUGUGUUAAAUUAAUUAAUUGCAGUCCUUUACAAUAUGAUAUAAUAAAAAAGAGUACAGCUGCUCAGAUACCGUUAGGUACAAGCUAUUGCAAGAUAAAAAAUAUUAAUAAAUCAGACGCAAAUUCCGUAGUGAUGAAAUAUUAUCAAGCUGAUUACAUGUCGAUUGAAUUAUCGAUGAUAAUCAACCUAAUAAUUAUGAUAAUGAAAAAACAAUUAUUAAAAUGGCAAUCCCAAGAAAAAUUACGUCAUGUUUUAUGCGAUUUUAAAAAUGUUGAUGGAAUUGCAGGAUAUUGUAUUACUGUUUAUAACAUUCAAAAAAAUAAAUAUACAACUGAGCAUGUUGAUCAGCAGAUCGAUAAAUUUCUGAAAUCAUUUAAAUAUUUUUUGGAAAACUUAUCAGAAGAAGAAUUGAAUAAUAUCAAGGAUACAUGGAGUAAAUCUAAACAGCAUACGGAUAUCAACAUUGAAGAAGAGGAAGAGGUUAACAGAAACUGGGAUGAGAUCACGACAUGUCAAUACAUGUUUGACAGAUUUCAAAAGGAAAAACUUGCACUAGAGGAAAUAAAAAUGAACAAACUGCGAGAAUGGUUUGCAAAAAACACGAAUGAAAGUAAUUUCAGAACACUAAGCAUACACAUCGUAGGAAUUGAUCCUAAGAAUCGGCAGUAUUUGACUUUGGAUUGUUUGGACACAACCGACGAUCAGCAGUAUAAGCAAAUUAAUCAUAUUAUUAAACAUCACAUCACGUUCAGCAUAUUCAGGAUUAUUAUAGAGAUUUCCCUCGAAGGUACAUUGAAAACGUACGAGAUUCUUGAAGCAUUAUUUUCCUAUAUCAAUUUGCUAAAGAAAGUGGGUCCGCAGAAAAGAAUUUACGACGAGAUCAGUGCAUUUGCAGAAAAUUCUUUCAGACAUACAGAUGAAAAGAAUCCGGUGGAUAAUGUGAAAACUUCAUGCGAAAACAUGUUCCUGUAUCCGCCUCGUGAUUAUAUAAGGGGAGGCAUAACUUUCGGUGAAUAUAAUCCAGAAAAUAUCAAUAAAUUUUUGAAUUGUUUGGUGCCAGAGGAAGCAAAUAUUACGUACUGUACGGAAAAUUUUCACGAACCGGAAAUAGAUUAUUAUAGUUGGGAUGAAUUCUCAGAUAAAGAUUUAGAUGAUAUUAAAGGAAGAAUAAAAUUACUCAAACAACGCGCUGAUAUGAAUCUCGCAGAAGAAGUUGACAGAAACUGGAAUGAGUUUGUGAAGUGUCUGUAUGUGUUUGACAGACUCGAGAAGGAAAUACUUGCACUAGACGAAAUAAAAAUAAACGAUCUAAGAGAAUGGUUUGCAAAUGAAAAUGGUGGCUCCACUUAUGCGUCAACGGAAUGCGAGACUACGACAUUAUACUUUGAAAUCGAUAAUAAAUAUUUAUUACCAGCCCUUGAACGUUUUGUUGCAGUUUUAACUGAACCCUUGAUAGAAAAAGAAAUUUUAAAACAAUGGCGAACGACCAUAGAAAAAGAUUUACAAAUUAAUUUGUUAUUUUACAAGAAUAUAAAGGAACAACUGCUUUCCUCUUUCGCGCAAACUGGUCAUCCAUCCAGGAAAUUUUUUAAGGACGAUAGAAUAUUACACAAGGACGACGAAACAUUACUAGAUGAAAUAUUAAUAUUCAAAAGGCACCAUUACAGUGCUCAUAGAAUGAAGUUCGUUGUGGAGGCACAUUUACCAACAUAUAUAUUAGAAAAAUAUAUCAGUAAAUGCUUUUCUGAUUUUCCAAGAAAUAAACUGCUCUCGGAUGACUUUACCAUAUUCAAAGAAGGUUCUUUUCAUACUCCAACUUUCCAAAAAAUGUAUACAAUUAAGCCUGUGGAUAAUAUCAGUCGACUGGAAGUAACAUGGCCAAUGCCUUCGCUAUUUGAUUACUACUUAUGCAAACCACAUCAAUAUAUCUCAUGGAUUAUUGAGCAUAGAGGAAAAGGUACCUUAACUAGUUAUCUACGCAAAAAAUGGAAUUGUGAAGUAACGUGUAACAAUGAAAGCAGUUUUAUGCACAACUCCAUGUAUACACUAUUCAAUCUUACUGUAACCCUUUCCGAUGUGGGACUACAACAUCUAGAGGAAAUCUUAGAUGCAAUAUUUUCCUUUAUUAAUUUACUAAAAGAAGAAGGACCGCAGAAAAGAAUUUACAACGAGAUUCAUAAAAUUAAGGAAGAUAAUUUUAGAUUUUUAAAUGAUGAUAAGGCUUAUAAAAUGGAUAUAAUGAAAGAGAUACCAAACGAAUUGAUUGAAAACUGGAAUUCCAUCAAGCCAUUGCCAGAUUUUCAUUUACCCUUACAGAAUGCAUUUCUUACCUAUGACUUCUCUUUAAUGAAGAGAUUACCAGUGACUCCGAAAUAUCCUAUAAAAUUACAUAAAGACUAUGUAUCAGAAAUUUGGUAUUAUCCGAAUCCCAGUACAACUCUUAUGGAUAUUUACUGCAAUGUAUUAUCGUAUCUGUUAGAAGAAGAAUUAUAUCCUGCUACAAUAGCUGGAUUACAUUACGAAAUCAAAAAUGCUGAGAAAGGUAUUACAAUAAAAAUAAAUGGAUUUAAUGAAAAAAUGCCACUUUUGUUGACGACUAUUGCAAAAUAUAUAAAAGACUAUCCAAUUCUUGUUACAAAAGAUUUAUUUGAAAGGAUUAAAGUGCAACUUCUCAACACUUAUUACAACUCAUUUAUGGAUCCCAGAACACUUGUCGAGUACUGA